AUUUCAUCAAUUUUGAAAACAACUGUGAAUGGUGUCCAAGCUUGUUUUUGUUCAUACUAAAGUUUUUUUAAAUACUGAAUUCUUAUUUUUGUGUUUUUUUUCCUCCAAUUUAGCAUAAUUUUAGCUAAAUACUAGGUUCAGUGGAAUGAAGAUAUUUUGAAGAUCCCGAAAUAAACAUGUUUCUCUACAAUUUAACUUUACAACGAGCUACCGGCGUAACGCAUGCUGUACAUGGAAAUUUUGCUGGUACCAAGCAGCAAGAGAUUGCUGUAUCUAGGGGGAAAAUAUUAGAACUAUUAAGGCCGGAUCCUAAUACGGGAAAAGUUCAUACGCUGCUUACAGUGGAGAUUUUUGGUGUCAUCCGCUCUAUGAUGGCAUUUCGUUUGACUGGAGGUUCCAAAGAUUAUUUAGUCGUAGGAUCUGAUUCUGGAAAAAUUGUCAUUUUGGAGUAUAAUGCUCAAAAAAAUUUUUUUGAAAAGGUUCAUCAAGAGACUUUCGGAAAGAGUGGAUGUCGACGCAUAGUGCCAGGUCAAUACUUAGCAAUUGAUCCCAAGGGACGUGCUGUUAUGAUAGGUGCAGUUGAAAAGAAGAAGCUGGUUUACAUAUUGAAUCGAGACGCUGCUGCCCGGCUGACGAUAUCUUCUCCUUUGGAGGCUCCCAAAUCUAAUACGUUGGUUUAUCACAUGGUUGGUGUUGAUGUUGGAUUUGAAAAUCCUUUAUUUGCUUGCUUAGAAAUGAACUAUGAGGAAGCGGAUAAUGAUCCUAGUGGAGAAGCUUCCGCUACAACUCAGCAAACUCUGACGUUCUACGAGUUAGAUUUAGGGCUGAACAAUGUUAUCAGCAAGCAUACUGAACCAUUGGAAGAACAUGGCAACUUUUUAAUAUCAGUCCCCGGUGGAAAUGAAGGACCCAGUGGAGUUCUCAUAUGUUCAGAAAACUAUAUAACAUAUAAAAGUGUCGGAGAUUUGCACCCAGACAUCAGAUGUCCCAUUCCGCGAAGAAGGAAUGAUUUGGAUGAUCCAGAAAGAGGAAUGAUCUUUGUUUGCAGUGCCACUCACAAAACAAAGUCGAUGUUUUUUUUCCUCGUGCAGUCUGAACAAGGUGAUAUCUUCAAGAUUACUUUAGAAACUGAUGACGAUGUUGUGAGUGAGGUUAAGUUGAAAUAUUUUGACACUGUGCCUGUUGCGUCCUCUUUGUGUGUAUUAAAAACUGGUUUUCUUUUUGUUGCAUCUGAAUUUGGAAAUCAUUACCUGUACCAAAUUGCCCAUCUCGGAGAUGAUGAUGAUGAGCCAGAGUUUAGCAGCGCCAUUCCCCUGGAAGAGGGAGACACGUUCUUUUUCGGACCGAGGGCUUUGAAAAAUCUUGUUUUAGUUGAUGAACUGGAAAGUUUGUCUCCCAUCAUGCACUGUCAAAUAGCUGAUUUGGCCAAUGAAGACACCCCUCAGCUCUACGUUGCCUGUGGCAGAGGUCCAAGGUCUACAUUAAGGGUUCUGAGACAUGGAUUAGAGGUGUCAGAAAUGGCUGUCUCAGAACUUCCUGGAAAUCCUAAUGCUGUCUGGACUGUAAAAAGAAAAUCUGAUGAGGAGUUUGAUGCUUUCAUCAUUGUGUCUUUCGUCAAUGCUACUUUGGUCUUGUCGAUUGGAGAAACGGUUGAAGAAGUGACGGACUCUGGAUUUCUCGGAACAACACCCACUCUGGCUUGCGCUCAGAUCGGUGACAAUGCCCUCGUCCAAAUAUAUCCUGAUGGAAUUCGUCACAUACGAAACGACAAGCGAGUGAACGAGUGGCGCACGUCGGGCAAAAAAACGAUCACAAAAUGUGCCGUGAACCAGCGGCAAGUGGUGAUAUCACUAACCGGUGGUGAACUAGUUUAUUUUGAAAUGGAUCCUUCAGGCCAAUUGAAUGAAUACAAGGACAGAAAAGUGAUGACCGCAGAUGUUAUAUGCAUGGCCCUUGCCAGUGUGCCCAGUGGAGAGCAGAGAGCCAGGUUUUUAGCUGUGGGGUUGCUGGACAACACAGUCCGCAUCAUAUCUCUCGAUCCUUCGGACUGCCUAUCUCCCUUGAGUAUGCAGGGUCUCCCAAACACCCCAGAGUCCCUGGCAAUUGUGGAAAUGGGAGGAGGUGAGGGGACGGGAAGAGACAGCAGUGGACAAGGAACUUUGUACUUGAACAUUGGACUGCAAAACGGUGGUUUGUUGAGGACAGUUUUGGAUCAAAUCUCUGGUGACUUGACUGAUACGAGAUCUCGAUACUUGGGUUCAAAGCCUGUUAAAUUAUUUAAAGUCAGAAUGCAGGGGAAUGAUGCUGUGGUUGCCAUAUCCAGCCGCUCUUGGCUCAGUUAUUACUAUCAGAACCGCUUUCACCUCACCCCACUCUCCUACGAGACUCUGGAGUAUGCAUCAGGUUUUUCAUCGGAACAAUGUCCGGAGGGCAUUGUUGCUAUUUCCCUCAACACUUUAAGGAUUUUAGCUUUAGAGAAAUUAGGUGCAGUUUUCAAUCAAGUGGCCACUCCCCUCGAAUACACUCCCCGUAAGUUUAUCAUCCAUCCUGAGAGCAACAAUUUGAUCCUCAUUGAAACAGAUCACAACGCCUACACAGAGAAGACUAAAGGAAUCAGAAAAAGACAGAUGGCUGAGGAAAUGGUAGAAGCUGCAGGAGAAGAGGAACAGGAGUUAGCUGCGGAAAUGGCUGCCCAAUUUUUAAGCGAAAAUCUUGAUGAGAAAUGCUUUGGUUCACCCAAAGGAGGAACUGGCAUGUGGGCAUCAGUGAUCCGUAUUUUGGAUCCCAUUGAAGGGAAGACUAUUUUCAAAGUUCCUCUCGAACAAAAUGAAGCAGCUUACAGUUUGUGCCUUGUGAAAUUUGCUAGUCACGGCGAAGAACAGUUCCUUCUGGUGGGAAUUGUCAAAGACUUACAACUUAAUGUUGGACAUUGUAAUGGUGGAGUGAUCCACACUUACAGAGUUUUGAUUGACGGAAGGAAGCUUGAACUUUUGCAUAAGACGCCAGUCGAUGGCAUGCCCGUUGCCAUAUGCCCGUUUCAAGGAAGAGUUUUAAUUGGUGUUGGCAGCAUGCUGAGAAUCUACGAUAUUGGGAAAAAGAAACUUUUAAGGAAGUGUGAAAACAAACAUCUGCCCAACCAGAUAGUUACUUUGCAAGCAGUAGGCAACCGCAUCAUUGUGGGAGACGUGCAGGAAAGCUUUUUCUAUGUCAGGUAUAAGCGUCAAGAUAAUCAGCUUAUCAUCUUUGCUGAUGACACCAAUCCCAGGUGGGUGACUUCUGCCUGCCUUUUAGAUUGCAACACAGUGGCUGGAGCUGAUAAAUUUGGAAACAUAUCUAUAAUUCGUUUACCUACUGUGAUUAGUGAUGAGGUUGAAGAAGAUCCCACAGGUGUCAAGGCUCUCUGGGACAGAGGUUGGCUGGGAGGAUCUUCACAAAAGGCUGAAGUGAUUUCGAACUUCCACAUUGGGGAAGUGGUUCUAUCUCUACAAAAGUCUACUCUCAUACCCGGAGGAUCGGAAUCGUUGGUGUACACGACACUCUCUGGAUCUAUUGGCGUGUUUGUCCCCUUCACAACCCAUGAAGAUCAUGAUUUCUUUCAACAUUUGGAGAUGCACAUGAGGUCUGAGAAUCCCCCUCUCUGUGGAAGGGAUCACCUUUCUUUCCGUUCCUACUACUAUGCAGUAAAAAAUGUAAUUGAUGGUGACCUGUGUGAACAAUUUAAUUCUUUGGAUCCUGCAAAACAGAAGAGUAUUGCCCAUGACUUUGACAAGAACCCAAGUGAAGUGUCGAAAAAGUUGGAAGAAAUUAGAACAAGAUAUGCAUUUUAAAACCUCCUCUUUUUAAUACAACUGUACAUAUUGCCAUUUAUCAUAAAAGGAAAUAAAUAUUUGUAUUUCUUGUCA